AUGUGCUGCUGCUGUAAUUGUUCAAAUUUGGCAAAAAAAGUAUGGUCCUUCGUUGGGGUGGCCAUAAUUUUUGCACUUGCAGCAUUUUUCGGAUUCGGGCUGCCAGCUAUUGUGGAUUCCGUAGCCCGUAAAGAGUUCAUCAUGGAGCCGGGCUCUCAAGUGUACGAAAAUUGGCUAUCCUCUGAAGUGCCCAAGUAUUUGGAUAUAUAUGUUUGGGAUUGGGUGAACCAUGAAGACAUAACCAAUCACAAUAUUCGCCCGAAGCUCGUUGAAAAGGGUCCGUACGUGUUUUUGGAGGAUCACGAAAGGCAUGACAUUGCAUUCAAUACUGACCACACAAUCAAUUUUCGGCAGAAGCGGACCUGGACAUACGUACCGGAACAGUCGAAGGGAGACUUCUACAACGACAUAGUAACCACUCCGCACACCAUUCUUAUGACGAUCAGUAGGCUCGUUGGAUCUGGCGCUAAUGAGACAACAAUCGGUUAUGUCAAUAAUAUUAUCGAAAAAAACAAUCUUCUUGAUUCGGGAAUCGCAUACAAAGAUGUUCUAGUGCGUGAUAUUCUAUUUGACGGAGUUGAGGAUAAACUACUGAACGCACUGCAAAUCUUAGCUCCAAUGUUUCCUGAAGGCUUCGAAGUUCCACCAUGGGAUGGUUUUGCCUACUUCACUGGUAGAAAUACUAGUGUUGAAUAUGAUGGUUGGUUCCAAAUACAUUCCGGUACCGACGUAUGGGCAAAUUCUGGACUGUUGACAUCGUGGAACAAUGUAACGCAGGUCCCAUACUUUCGUAAUGUAUGUGGUAAGGUUCACGGUUCUACGGGUCAAGUGAAUCCACCAAUGACCAGUGCUCAGAUCAACACACCGGAGGAUUUUAGUCUGUUCAUCACCGAUGUUUGUAGUGCUUUCAAUUUGAAAUUUAGCAAAGAUAUUGAAUUUAAUGGAGUAGAUGGCCGAAUUUGGGUUGGUGAUAAUCGUGUUUUCGACAAUGGUCACAACUUUCCCGAAACCGAAUGCCAAUGCACCGCACCGGUAGCACAAUGUCCCAAUUUGAAGAGAGGCGUACUUGAUAUAUCUGGUUGUAAAGCGGGUGCUCCAUUGUUGGCAAGUUUUCCGCAUUUUUAUCUGGCCGAUCCAGCCUAUUCGAAUGCUCUAGAAGGGCUGCAGGCUAUACGCGAAAAGCAUGAGUUCCAGUACGUAAUGCAUCCGUUCUCUGGAAUACCUCUUGAGGUUAACGGCAGAUUACAGUACAAUGUACAUGUCAAAGAUUAUGGUUUGAAAGUCACCGAGGAUUUACCGGACGUUUUGUUGCCAGUGUUUUGGGUGAAUCAAAGAGUAGUUCUAUCGCAGGAAAAAAUCGACGAUUUGAAAGCAAUCGAUACCAUUCGUUCAGCUGGAAUAUACACAGGUUUUGCAUUGCUGGGUGUUGGUAUUGUCGCACUCGGAAUUGCCCUGUAUUACUCAAUAUUCGUUUGGAAAAAUUGA